CGACUGACCAGCUCGACUUCCCCAUCUGUGUGGGCUAGAGAGCACGGCGACUACAUGCACAAGUCCGUCUCACUUGAGCAGCACGGAACGCUUUCUCGUUUCUUCUGUGCAAGGUAAACACAGUGCCUCAUUCUCAAUUCUGCGGCGCCCCAGCCAAACGCUAGACACCUCAAUAUGGCAAUCACCGCCGACGUCAAGAGCCAAUUGUUCAAGCCUAGCUCCAAUGCAGGCAGUGGCAGUGAGCUCAUCCGGCUACCGUCGGAUACUCCACCGUCACCCUCCAGCUCCUCAGACGGAGAGAAAAUGUCGCCAACCAACACUAAUGGCCGCGCGUGGACAGCGGAGGAGCACAACCGCUUCCUCGAAGGCCUCGAGCUCUUCCCUUCCGGUCCGUGGAAGGAGAUUGCAGCGCAUGUGGGCACUCGCACCACCCGCCAGACCAUGACCCACGCACAGAAAUACCGCGAGAAGAUCGCUCGUCGCAAGCGCGGCCUGCGUUCGUCAGCGAAGGAAGCGCGCUCGUUGAAGCGCCGACGUGACCAGAAGAAGCGCAGCGAUGCCGCGUCACCUUGCUCGGUGGCGGACCCCAAGAUGUCGUUAAUCCCUGCCGAGUCGGCACGGAGGGGCGUAGACCCGAUGGACUUCCACGGCUGCUUCGUGCCCGGACCAGUGAGCCAGUGCCAGUUCUACGGCAUGACUCCAGUGCCACAAGCAGAGUUCUCCAACUUUGCAGCCAUGUUAAGCGAUUUCGACCCGCUGCCCAUGUCCGAAGAGGAGAUUGACUUCAUCCUCGAGGCUGCAAUGGUGCAGACCCCAGUAGUGCAGACACACGCCGGGUUUGUCCUCUGACACGGCUUUUCAAGAUCAGGAUCACGACAAGAUACAAGCGACAAGCAGUUCAGCGGCAAGACCAGAGCCAAAUGCUCCCAAACCCCCCAAGUUGCCACGCACAUGCAUGUUAGUACCGUUACGUCAUUGCAUGUCCAUUGUGGAGUAUCCUUUGGAGACACGCUUCGUAGGGGAAAGUUAGAGAGAAGCGAGAAUUGUACACUCCAUGGCAACCGCGCAAAAUAGAAACAUGGGUUAUCAUUUAUUCCCGUUUUUCCUGUUGGCAAAAGUGCCACGGAUACCAUCACUCCGAACUGUUCUGGGCUGCAAAAAAGUUUCAAAGCAACAUGCAAUUGCGGUAUCUUGCUUUCAGCAACUUCAGUGUUCCUACCUGCUUUGCAA